AUGAAGAACAUCUUCUGGUCUACCUUCCUGCUUUCCUGCAGUACUGCUGUGGCACAAGUAACCAGCAGCAAUUGCACGGCCGUAGUGUUCACCGUUUCCGGCACCGCUCAGAACCGAAACAUUUCUGCCAGCAUUCCACUCGGCACUCUCGAUGGCCUAGUCAACGCUUUCAACAAUGCGACACUCUUCGAAGUCUCGGGCACCCAGACUUUGGCCGGCACCUUCUGCAAGCCUAGCGUGAUCAACGCCAACAACCAAAAGCUCCAGAUGUUGUUUGGCAGUAUCACCGCCAACCGCGACGGUUGGGAUGCGGAGGGAGGCGUUGGCACCGACUUCCCUGAAUAUCAACCAGAGCGAUACUCAUGGGUUCGAUACAUGAACAACAAGGGAUAUCCUACGCUUGCAAUGGAUCGUCUGGGCACUGGCCGUUCAGCGCAUCCGGAUCCUAUUCUGGUGGUACAAGCUCCAUAUGAAAUUGCUCUUUACAACAGUCUCGCAAGACAAGUUCGUGCCGGCACCACCGGGCAGUUGCCGCGGGCGUACAAUUUUCUCAUCUACAUUGGCAACUCGUAUGGUUCCAACAUGGGAACAGGUACCGCAGGUGCAGACCCAACGGCUUACGAUGAGUACGUCCUCACAGGAUAUUCCAAGAACGUUCAACAGGACUUCCUCGGCAUCAGUCUCGUGCUCCCGUUGCCGGCCGCGCUCGUAGACCCUGCACGCUUUGGUAGCCUGCCUGCCGGCUACCUGACAAGUUCUAGCCAGACUGGUCGCACCAAUUCGUUUUUUGGGUCCAAGGCUCAGGUCGACUUCGACGACACUCUCGCACAAUUGUUCUUCCAGCGCAAGGACGUCGUGACCAUUGGGCAGUUUGUGACGCUCUACGCUCUGUAUUACAGUGCGCCCGAAUACACGGGUCGUGUGCUAGUGCUCACAGGUGAGCAGGACCAGGCGUACUGUGGACCAGGAAGCCCCGUUAUAGGGCCAGCCGGAUGCGGAUCGUUGUUGCAGGAGACGGGGACCUUGUUCCCUAAAGCGCAAUACAACUGGAAGAGUGUCGAUCGUGUGGGACAUGGAAUCCAACUGCAUAUCAGGUCUCAGACGGUUUAUGAUAUCGCGCAGCGUUUCCUCGCAGGGGAGUCGUUUCAAGGUGGCGCACCGGCAAAAUAGUCGAGGAGCAGCCUAUGUUGUCAAUAAGCGCACUUUAUGAAGCCUUGGUUGUUGCUAAGUUUUGAUAAUUGGUGUUGGCAGAUCAGAUAGGAACACGUUCGUUAUAUAGGUCAAAAUAGAGAAGCUGAACGUUCAUAGUGGUCAAUUAUCCGAUGCAAUGGUGAUGUGAUGAGGUGCGAGCUCCAAAGGACUUUUGUCUUUCCAAGCGCUGAUGUAAUGGAUAGGCGGUAGUAGAACCGUUGUUCAGACUUCUUGGUUGGCUGGCUAGAUCUGGGUCUCAGUAAACUGCAGCUGGCAGUUGGGCCAGGCAGACGACAAAAAGUUUUUAACGAUUGUAGUAGCCGUAUCGAAUCGACGACCAAGUUCCUGUCAAUGCGGUGGUCUCUUGUUCCCUGGGUUGAGA